UCUGAGGUGGGGAGGGAGAAGAGGAGCGUAGGGAAAAGGAGCAAAAGGCAAACAACGGAAACGGAGAACGGCGGAGCAAUUGCCUGAAUUUAAAUUAAACAAGAAUAUAGUUGAAGAGAGGAAAGAAGAAGAAACCAAGAUGAUAACGCCCUACUUCCUAGAGAAUUUCUGGGGCGAUAAAAACAAUGGAUUUGAUGUUCUCUACCAUAACAUGAAGCAUGGUCAAAUCUCCUCCAAGGAACUUACUGAUUUCAUCAGAGAAAGGGCUACCAUAGAAGAGGUCUAUGCCAGGUCAAUGACCAAACUUGCCAAGUCAGCUGGCAACUUCUCUCAGCUUGGGACGUUUGCCCCGGUGUGGGAUGUGUUUAAGAGGUCCACAGAGAAGCUGGCCAGCUGCCACCUGGAGCUAGUGAGGAAGCUACAGGAGCUUAUCAAAGACGUGCAGAAGUACGUGGACGACCAGGCCAAGGUCCACAAGAAGACGAAGGAGGAGGUGGCGGCCACUAACGGGGCAGUACAGGCCAUCCAGACAACCGGGGUGGCCUUACAGAAGUCCAAGGAGAACUACAACGCCAAAACUGUGGAUCAGGAGAGACUCCGCAAGGAGGGAGCCACACAGAGAGAAGUGGACAAGGCGGGAGUGAAGGCCAAGAAAGCCACAGAAGCCUACAAGGGCCUCGUGGAGAAAUACGCCACAGCCAAGUCCGAGUUUGAACAGAAGAUGGCUGAAACUGCGCAGAAAUUUCAGAACAUCGAGGAGAGCCACAUCGUUCACAUGAAGGAUAUCAUUCAGUCGUACGCACAGUCUGUUGACGAGACACACGUUCAGAUCGGAGAGGUCCAUACAGAGUUUUUGGGGAACAUGGAGAACACCUCUGUGGAGGGCUUGAUACAGAAACUGGCUGAAAGUAAAGGAACGGGCAAAGAGAGACCAGGUCCUAUUGAGUUUGAGGAGUGCAACACUGCCAUCGCCACUGAAGGAGCCAAACCCAGGAAGAGAAAAACAUAUGCGUUCCCUGGCCGCCGGAAAGACAACAAGGACACAGACUCCACGGAGUCGACAGAAGUUGAACCUGCUAAUAAUGCCAACGGAGCUCCUCCUGGGUACUAUGGCACCAUAGACUUCCAGAACGCUAAUGUCCCCACGGUUGACGAAGAUGGCUUCUGUAUCAGACCGGAAGACCGCAACGAAAAUGAUGCCAAAGAUAACUCGUUCUAYUCAUCGAGUGACUCGGAGGACGAGGAUGAACCCAGGAAGUUCCGCGUGGAGAUCAAGCCGGUGGCGCCCAACAACGGGACGCACCAGAGCCGAGCCACCAUCGACGAACUCAAGGCCUCCAUCGGAAACAUCAGCCUGUCGCCACCAACCGCGGGUCAGAUGCGAAGGAAUCAAUCCAGCGAUGAGUUGGGAAAGACCAGGAUUCCAGCGUCCUUCAACGACAGUAGGCCUGCUUUCAAUAAUGACCUUCUCUCUCUGGAUCCUUUCGGCCCGACCCUGGGAGGCUCCUCCUCAUCGACAGUGCCUGCCCUGGCCAGACCCACUACUCCUCUAGCUGGGGCCCUGGUGCCUCCUCCACGACCCUCCUCCAGACCCAAACUACCCACAGGAAAACUCACAGGAAUYACUGAAAUUGUGCGGCCGUUCAGCCCGCCAAAGACGUUGUCCAACGCCAGUCUUCCUCUGGCUGCUCCUCUCGCCCGGGCAGAGAGCUCCUCCUCCCUGUCCUCCACCGCCUCCCUCAGUGCCUCCAACACACCCACCGUCGAGGAUGAUGGUUUCAUUGGGAAGCUGCCCACCUUUGAGAAGCGCUGUGAAACGCCUGCAGGGACGUCUCGCGGUCCCAGCCCGGUGACCCUGGCAUCCCAGGAUGCCUUGCCCAUCGCUGUGGCCUUCACAGAGUCUGUUAAUGCCUUUAAAGGAGCUGAUCCCACUAAGUGCAUAGUAAAGAUCACUGGUGACAUGACCCUGUCCUUCCCCAUGGGUAUCAUCAAGGUGUUCACCAGUAACCCCUCCCCUGCCGUGCUCACCUUCAAACUGAAGAGCACGUCCAAACUGGAGCAGAUCCUCCCCAACCAGACACUACUGUUCAGUGAUCCCUCGCAAAGUGACACUAAUACCAAGGACUUUUGGUUCAACAUGCAAGCUCUCACAUCCUACCUCAGGAAAGCAUCAGAGCAGAACCCUGCUGCAUCCUACUACAAUGUGGACAUCCUCAAAUACCAGGUGUCCUCUAAUGGGAUCCAGUCCACCCCUCUGAACCUGGCAGUGUACUGGAAGUGUACCCCCACCACCACCGACCUGAGGCUGGACUACCGUUACAACCCAGAGUCCAUGCUCUGCCCCGGCCCUCUUUCCAACGUACAGGUCCUAGUGCCUGUAGACGGGGAGGUCAUCAACAUGCAGUCCCUGCCCAAUGCUGUCUGGAACUCAGAGCUGAAUAAGUCUYUAUGGAAGCUGAGUGAUAUCUCAGAGAAGUCUGACAAUGAAGGCUCGGGGUCUCUGAGGGCUAAGUUUGAGCUGUCGGAUGGCCCGUCCACCCCAACCACCCUGGCUGUGCAGUUUAUGAGCGAGGGGAGCACGCUGUCAGGGGUGGACAUGGAGCUGUUGGGAGCCGGGUACAGACUGUCCCUCAACAAGAAGAGGUUUGCCACAGGUCGUUACAUGGCAGACUGUUGAGUAGGCACACCGGCCUGGACCCCCCCAAGCACAACGGCUCUAUUGAAAGUUUUUAUUUUCAAUAUUUUAGUCCUUUUUGUCAUAUUUAUGGAACGGGAGGGUUAGAGGGGAGAGGUGCAGCGAAUACAACAGGUUUUUGUGACACAUCCAGACAUUUUGGAAAGCGYCUUGAUAUUAUGUCCCAAUGCACCUGUCUGUCCCCGGGAAGAGAGAAGAGAGCUUCUUACUGCAGUAAAGCAGCACUGAGUAUUGAACACUGUUUAAAAAUAAUAAUAAAAUAAAAAUAAACAUUGGGCUGUCAGGAAAUGUAAAGGUAUAGAUAUUGAGAAGUGUAAUGCUUUCUGAUUUAAUUCAGACUUUUAUAAAGUCAGAAUCGUAGUGUUUUGUUAUGUAUAGGUGACAAUGUAUGGCUUAUAUAUAAAUAUAUAUAUAUAUUAUAUCAACAAAAAAAAUUGGGGGGAAAAUUAUGCACUAACAAUCUUUCCGGACAUUUUAUUUUCUCUCCUUUGUAAAUGUUCUGUGUAUUCCACUGAAGCUCUUGAGUAACAAAGAUUUUGUGUAAAACAGUGAGAAGAGAAGAUGUGAGAAGGCCAAACUUUCUUCCCUCACCCCUCUCUCCUUCUCUUCUCCAGUCGAAAUACGGUCGCUGAGUAUUGUACUUGAGACUUAACUCGAGAUCUCUUUUUACAGAUAUUUUUUUUUCUGGGCUCUUUCUAUUCUGAUUGUGUGCAAUGAAGAAAAUGAAGUAGAAGCUGUCUUAAACUAAACAGCUUCUCUAAAAMUGUCAUGGCACAAGCUUAAUUGGUUGUAUGUUGCUUCAGACAACCAUACAAAGUACAUUUUAAGUGUUCUCGUUCAAAGGCAAAAAACAAUUUGUGGGCUGCACGUUUCGUCACAAUAUUGUUUUGAACAUUGGUUUUAGGACUGAUGCCCGACUGAUCAUUCCACUCAAUGCAUUGUCAAUUGGUGCCGAUGAAUAUUAAUCAAAAGUGCAUUACAGUGGCUUGGAAAUAUAAUUACAUUACUAAAGAAGGCAAAUAAUUCRUAGGAAAACCUUUUGUCAUCAUUUUGAUGUUGCUAUAUUGACUUUAGAUGCAGUAUAAUGUUUGCUGGCUAGCUAAGACUGAGAGGAAUCUACCGGAUAGCUAACGUUAGCAUUGCUAGCUAUUUUUGACGAACUGUGCUAAGUAAGAAAUGUUGUUAUAUCUGCAUAAAGUACAUUUGACAACAUGAUAAUGAUGGCAAAGUUGUUUCUUACUAAAUAUUUGCCUACUUGAGCAAUGUCAUCGUAUUUCCAUGCCACURUAGUGUAAUUYAGACAAAACCGUCAUUAGCCCCCGUUCUACUUUUGGGUAUCAAUAUGGCUGUGACGUCUAGAACAUUGAUAACAAUGGCAAUGACACGGCCGAGUGGCAGGCGCAACCCAUACUUAACUGACCUCAGUGCCUCUUCUUUACUGUGGAUAAAUUCAWAGAGAAACGUGCCUAUCUUUUCUUUCUGCCCUUUUGUAUGUUAAAAAAAACACCGCUAACAAAAAAAGAAAGCACUAAUCUUGUGCCUGUUGUUGUUGUUUUAUAAUAGUACUGUUUUCGGACAUUGAAAGGAAAAUGCCUCCAGUUUCUACACCAGUCAAACCCAAAGGCAUCUUGUCUUCCAGAAACCACUGAUCCAGUGGGACUCACUGUCUCAGUUCUCUCUUUGCUACGAUGUCACCUUUUGAAAGUCUUUUCUAUCUUGGGUAUUUUUCUCUCUUUGAUCAGAGAGAGAGAGAUCUUUGUUCCCAAAAAGCCUUCUGUCUAUUUAAGAGCACUGGGCAGCCUACUGACCUAGCUUCUUAAUCAAAAUCAGGCCAAAUCAAUUCUAGAAAUGCCUUUAAGAAAAUAUACCUUGACAUCUGUUGAUGACGGUAAUAUAACGCUAYCCAGUCGGGAUAGGUUACAUACUGUAACUGCCAUGUUUGCCUGUGAGGAGAGAGACAAAGGUUCUUGGUGCUGACUUGAUGUCAUACUGAGUGAUUCAUUCUUGCCUUAUAUACCAAUGGAGGACCAGUAUCUAGGGCUACAUCUCCUAGAUGGAGGGAUAUGCAUACACGUUAUGUAGCAGUUAGUUCUAUCAAUAUCACAAAGAUGUUUUUUGUAUGCCUUUUUUAUCCAAUGCCUCCUCCCCAAAACCAUUGUUUUGACAUAGGUAUAGGUAAAUGAUCAGUAGUGUAUUGUCAUUACAAACAUUGAUCAUGGGCACAUCAGCAACACUGGGAUUGUGGACUAUUUUCUAAAGGCCCCUCUAGGCAUUGUAGGUUACUUCAAUACUAGAUUUGUACUGUUACUGUCAAUCCUGUAUGUGGCCAUCUGACCACUGUAUCCUUGUAGACACCUGGUCUUUGGAGCAGUUAGGGUUUGAUACUGUUAACGUUCUCGCUGCUUCUGAAAUGACAGCCUAUGCCCCCACAGUAUGUAGUUCAAUUAUUUUGUUUAAUAGUAGUGCACUACGCCAUUUCAGAGGCACUAUGAGUAGAUCUGGUUAAUCCAAGCCUUUCUCUUACUUGUAUAAAAAGGUGCCUUUMGUCACAUCGCUUACUAGUUCAUAUGUGAUCCGCCCAUAGAGAUAGAUAGAGGACUCAUCUCCAUAGAUAUCCAUCUCGACUCCUCUAUGUAUCUCUAUCUAUUUCUAUUUAUUUCUGUAUCCAACCUGUCCUCAAAAAUAAAACUGUUCAGUACAACAACAAAAUACUUAGUCCAUAUGUGGCCACAGAAUUGAAUAACUAUGAGAAAGAAGUMAUUAUUGUUUAACAAUGUUGAAUCGAGAAGCAUUUUUUAAAUAUGAUUUGUUUUGUACACAGUACGAUUCGGUCAAGAUUUAGUUUUGUAGGGCAUGGAUUAAUCUGAAUCGCCACUGUUUUAUUGGAAAUGUUUAAAUUGUAUGUACAUUUUUUUUUUUUUAA